CCGGUUGUCAUAUGCAACGAUUACAGGCUUCAGAGGAUCACAACUUACAAUUCGAAAUGGAGGACAAUACAAACAUGUCAAACCAAAGUGGCCAAAUUCUUCUUGAAGACGACUGCGUUUCAAAUAUAGGACUCACAGAAUGUGUAUUUUUAAUUCUGUACUCUUCAAUAACCGUUGUUGCUCUUGUCGGAAACUUUGUUGUAUGUUACAUCAUAGUUACAGAGAAAAUGCUUCAGAGUGUUACAAAUCUUUUUCUGCUCAACAUAGCAGUUGCUGAUAUAAUGAAAACAAUUAUUUUGGUUCCAUUCUCUUUCAUUCCAAACCUUAUGCUUGCAUACUGGCCUUUCGGGAGCUUUAUGUGUCCCUUUGUUCUAUAUACCCAGAUUGUAACUGUGUUUGCCAGUGCCUUUACACUGGUUGCAAUGAGUGCAGAUAGGUAUGCGGCAAUCAUUUAUCCACUGAGACCAAAACUUACUCACAAAGGAGCGGUGUGUAUUUCUGGAGCAGUGUGGGUUAUAGCAUUUGUAGUUCCAAUCCCCACAGCCAUUACAGGGAGGGUUAAAAUAGCAUUCGAAAACUUAACAGGUAUAUGCCAGAAGGGAAGAUGCUAUGAAGACAUGGAUGAAAAGUUCAGAUCAACGUAUAGUCUUUUCAUCAUGCUUCUUCAGUAUUUCAUUCCGUUAUUAGUACUUACGUUGACUUACAGCCGUAUUGCUUAUAUGAUCUGGAUAAAAAUAAUUCCGGGAGAAGCUGUUCAACGACAAGAUGAACGCCAAGCCUCUUCAAAGCGAAAAAUGGUGAAAAUGAUGAUCGUAGUAGUUCUUCUUUAUGCUAUCUGCUGGCUCCCUUUGCAUACUCUGCAACUGGCGACUGACGAAAAUCCAGACAUAUUCAUUAACGUGAAGAACAUCCGGUACAUGUGGAUCACGUGUGAAGUCAUUUCCGCCAGCCAUUCUUGUUACAACCCAUUUGUUUACUUUUGGAUGAACAGAAAAUUUCGCAAUGCUUUUCGAACAUUCUUUAAGAAAUGUUUUUGCUGUUUAAGAAUUGGUCGGUUUAAAUACGGAGACAUUCCACUGUCGAGGCAAACAUCGAUGACUACGACUGUUAAAUUCGGACGACAGUCUUGUAGCAGCAGGAGAAAGCUCUACUCAAACCCAUCAGUCUCCAAUCAUUCCAAUGAGAAAACAUGAAAAUGCAUUACACUGGUAAAUUGUAUAGCUGAAUCAGGAGAUUUUUUUGGUACAUGGACAUAGAAUGGAGUCAUCUGAACCGUGAAUUAUACAAGAUUUACUGAUAUAGUUUUGUAUCAACAUAUAUUUGAUAAAACGGCUUUGACAAAGGAAAUGUUAUUGUACUUUAAAUAUGAUAUCAUGUUUAAAAACUUUAACAAAAAUUGAGAGGAUUCUGUGUUUCUCUCUCUCUCUCUCUCUCUCUCUCUCCGAAAAAUUGAGAUAUAAAAGGUGUUGGUUUACCCGCUAACUAAGCUUUUUAGAACACUUUCUAUUUUCUAAUAAUGAAUCGUGCUUCAUAUAUUGAAAUAGGAAAUAGGGAUUGCUGAAACAAAAAAAAAUAGUAUUUAUGAUAAAUUUAAUGCAGUUAUCCUCUGUUUCUUUGUUGUGUUUGCUUUAAGUGUAUAUCUUGCAUGUACAGAUUUUAGAAGAUAUGGCGAGUACGAAAACAAUUAAAGAACUUCAGAUCUG